AUGAUGUACAUGGAAAAAGAGGAAGAGUGUAGAGAGUUGAUGUGUGCUGAAUGGAAGAGUGAUGAGAUGAUAGCUAUCACUGGCGCAGUAGUAUGUGCAGACCAUCAUUCUCAAACAUAUAUGUCUCAUCAUGUGUUUAGUCGAUACUCUUUGUAUCGUGAUAUCAAGACAUUGGAUCUAAAGUAUGAUAAGAGUAGAAGCUUGUUUGACAAUAGACAAGAUCCAUUAGAUGAAUCAAGACGUCGCGUACCUCGCGACGUGUUUAAAGAACGGUUUGGGUUAAUGAUAGAGUCAUUCUCAUUGACUACAAAACACGGCUAUAAUUUUAAUAACUUUACAGAGAAUUCGAAUGGUGAUAAAGAUGAUGAUGAUAAAGAUCAACAUUUUUGCAUCCUCAAAGAAUAUGCAUCACUUUUCGAGCACAUGCCAAAACUCAAACAUUUAACUCUAUUGACAGUGCCAUAUUUAAGGACCAUUAAUCCAUCCGCCUAUGCAUCAAUCAUCGAGUCGAUCCCAAUUCGUCAACUAAAGUCUUUGACACUCGAUAUUGCCUGUAAUGGAGACACGGCCAAUUGCAAGAGAAUAACAGAAUCUAUUGCAAAACAGUUGAUAUCAACAGUCGGACAUACAGCAAUAUCAACACUCAAACUCAAUCUAAUAGAUCCAGACAACAAAAUACUCUAUCCUUCACUCUCAGAAUAUCUAUUAAAAGAAAAGGCAAAGACACUCACCGAUCUAUCCAUCCACGGUAUCGACGAUCACUUUCCAUUGUUAUUGGGUGCCCUAACAAAAAGAAAAUCUUCACUCAGAAGACUAGAGUUGCGAGGUAAAGACCGCUAUGGUGUAGAUGGGCUUGCAUCAGCCUAUUUGCACCUUGAUUGUCUGUCCAUAAAAGGGAGAGGAGAGUUUAACAUCAAACUUGAUUCUACCUCUAAAAUCAAACAUCUCAAGAUCCGAGACAUCAGUAAAAUCCAAAACCUGGCCAGGUAUGUGACCAAAAACAAACAUUUACUCAAAUUGACCAUACUCCAAAGCAUCCCAAACGAGAUAAACAAGAGAAAGAGAGGUACAAUCCCCCACCAUGCACUUCCUUAUUUGGUAUCUGAGGGUAUAGGGUCGUCAUCAGUCGAGUUUGUCACCCUCGAUUUUGUCAAUCUAGCCAGUCAAGAGCGCCAAAAACAAUUGUUGGACCUGUUGACACGAACAUUCCCAAAUCUAAAGACUCUCUGCUUCUAUGCACCAGAGUAUCAACAAGAAGAAGAUCAAAAACUAGUAAACAAAUGCUUACAAAUACUCCAAGAAGCAUUUACAAUGACAAUUAAACCAAAAAAAAACAGACUCAUGAAGUUAGAUUAUGUUUUUGAAAAGAAAUAA